AUGCACUUCUUCAGAUCCAAGCCCGUCGCUUACACUGAUCCAUCGGUAACUCCAGGGUAUGAGACCCCGGCGAUGAAGAAGCGCAGAGAAGACGAAGAAACUGUCCAGCGCCGUGUGUCAGCACCCCAAGAAGCGCAUCCAGAGCACCAAAGCAAACAUGGCAUUGACAAAUGGGACUUUGUGACUCCAGGACAGUCGGCAGAAGAGCAAAAGGCUGUCGCCGAUAUCUACAAACUCUUUGGCAAGACAGUUGAGCGCAGCGAACAAGCUGAUAGCAAAGAGAAGGAGAUCGUAUUGCGUGCCGGCUUCAGGGACGACGAGCCGGCCACGUAUCGCUAUUUUAUAGCUGGCUAUGGGACGCGAGAGGAGUUGACACACGCAAGUGACACCCGAUCAUUAUAUGUACUUGUUAUGCUAAACUUCCAAACAUAG